AUGUCCUACGGCCCAUCCUCAUUUGAGAAGAGCCCUGUGUACGACAGCAUGGUCGCCGAACUGUCCCAGGAAGAAAUAGAUUCAAUUCAGGAAAUUGUCAACAGAAACGGCAGCUACUUUAGCGUAGCCGCAAUCAAAGCAGUCGUCCUUGCCGAGCACCCACUGUGUAUUGAGGAAGACAUACAGAAUGCCAUCAUUCAAUGUAUGGCAAACAACAACGCUCAUAAAUCAAAAUCGUCCGAACCCACACAAUAUUCCACCACUUUCUCAUCACCCAGGCUUAAUGAUAAGCUUGUGCCUUUUCAGUAUGAAGAGCAGAACAAAAAGUGGCUCACACAGGAAACACAGCGGUUACAGCAGUAUUUGGAUUGUGUGGAGGGCCGCAAGAAUUGGGCUGAGUGCGCGCGAUAUGUUGGUACAAGGACAAGCGCUCAAUGCAAAGCAAAGUAUAACAACAUGCGAGCUACAGAGAUGAAGGAACUGUUAUAA